CGUGUAUUCUUAAAUCCGUUCUUUGGCUUUGAUUUUUUUUUUUAUUUUAAACACUGUUAUGUUUUUGACAUUAAACGUCAAAGGAAAGCUAAUCGAAAUACAACCCUGUAAAUAAAUUCCAAAAUGGUUCCUAUUUCAUUUUCGGACCGUAGCGUGUGGAAUUAGCGAAAUUUUGUCGAUAGAAUUUUCAGAGAACUUGACGUUCCUAAAUCUAAAUUACUGAAAUUAAAACACAACAAACAUACUCGGCGAAUCCGUCUGAAUAAUGAAUCAUUUGAAAUGGAUGGGCCAUUCGGCAACAAUUUUUGAUAUACAAAGAAAUCUUCGCAAUGAUCCUCAAAGCUGUGAGGUGACACUGGUAGCCAAAGGUCACUCAGUGAGGGCCCACAGGUUUGUGCUUUCAUCAUGUUCUGACUUGCUGCGAAAUCUGCUGGUGGAUGUUCCAAUGGGACAGGAAGCUACAAUAGUAGUGCCAGAUAUAAAAGGAUCACUUUUGGAGAGUGUGUUGGCUUUUAUAUACAUUGGAGAAACAAGCCUCACAUCGACUAAUUUAUCAGAAUUCUUGGAAGCUAUAAACACCUUAGGUAUCAAGUCAGCAAUAAGUUUUGAGUGCAACAAUGCAACGCUAUCUGGAGGUGUUCAGACAACAGAUGCAGUAAAGACACUAAGUAAUAUACAGAUUGCACAAGAAGAGCUUAUUGAACAACAAGAAAAUAUUGCUGUCGAAAAAAUAGAAACACAAAACGUAAUACAACAUGAACGAGAACUGGAAUUUUUAGAUGUCUACAGCGAAGCUCAACAUAGUAAAAUUACAUACUCCAUCGAACAUAUGCCCGUUGCCAGCGCAGCCAAUGAAUACAUAUUAACUGAGAAUUCUGGAACUUUUACCUUAACUCAAAACAAUAAGCUAGAAAAUGGUUCGAAUUCGGAUACGGAAAAACUUGUUGAAAUGGAGGACACUACAGAAGAUGGUCACAUCAUAGAGGAAUAUAGCAGUAACAGUGCAGAUCCGAUAAUAGAAAUUACUACAAAUACUGCAACAACAAGUUCUCCAAAAGUAACUGCCACAACAAGUACUAAUUCGCAAGUGCCACAACCGCUAAUUCAAAUAAAACCAACUCCAAAAAUAAAAACAAUUAAAAUUAAAUCUCAAUCCCCUUCAGAGACAGAUCAAAUGCACCAAUCAAUGUUUACCACACUUGACCCCACCGCAGAUCCAAUUUCAGUAUUGAAGACUGAUGAUAACUAUGCCACAUUGAAUGCCGCACCAAGUACUCAAGAAGAUGCUCUUUUUUAUGCUGUUCAGGCAGUAAUAAAUGAAGGUAUGAGCUUACAGAAGGCUGCACUGAAAUAUGAUUUAUCGAAAACAGUUCUAUGGCGGAGGGUGCGAAAACAUCCAAAUUAUAUGAAAACUACGCGUGAAAAUCCUGUUCUUACUAUGGCGUACGAACGAUUGAAAGGUGGCGACUCCUUGAAGAAUAUCAGCCGCGAAUUGGACAUACCUAUGUCGACCUUACACAGACACAAGGUUCGUUUAGCACAGCAAGGACGUUUACCAGAUUAUGUUUCCUUUAAGAAACGUGAUGUCAAUUCGAAAAUUGAACUAAAAGACAAAUUAACUAAAGCGUUACAUGCCUGUGUACAUGAAGGCAUGUCGCAAAAUCAUGCAGCAAAUCUAUUUGACAUACCGAAAAGCACUCUAUGGCGCCAUCUUCAAAAACGUGUAGCUGAAGCAGAACUUUCACAAAAACUUGAACUGGGCCACAUCAAGGAGGAAGUAAUAUUAUCUUAAAAACAGUAUUUAUAAUUAGUUUGGUACACAUAUGUAGAUUUAUUUAUAAUAUACACAGGCAGUGUUGUUUUAUAAGAUUUAAUAAUUUUUAUGUACAUUAACAAGAGAUGCCUUUAUAAAGGCACGGUUAAAUAUUCAAUAUUUCAUUUUAUUACUGAUAUUUUAAGUAUUGUAAAAGGAGUUUUAAGAACUUUCCUUUAAAUGAUAGUAAAAACUAUUCAUUAAAAUUGAAACGCCCAAAAACAAAUUUUUAAACUUUGUUCAUAUAAGGAAAUGUUGGUAUAAAGUAUUGAAAGUAUUGUUAAAUUCUUGCAUAGCAAUGUGAACAAAAAACAUGAAAGACGUUGAAUAUGUCAGUACUUUUAAUAAAAUGCGAUACAUUAAUGUGAUGUAAAUGAUGUCCGAAAAUUAAUUAUCAACAUUAUUGCACUUCUGAGUGUAACGACACCGAUAACAGAGAAUCUCCCUGAAAAUGCACAUGAAAGUCUAAUCUUCUUCACUUGAGGUAUAAGUUUAACAAUUUUGCCAUAAAUUCAUUCAAUUAAAAAAAAAUAUUAACAGUUAAUUCCUGCCCUUGAAACUUAUAGAACAUUUCAUAGCGAGUUAAUAAAAACAGUGGGUUCUACGAAUACAAUAUUUCACAAAGGCAUUAAAACAAACAAUUUAACAAAGGAUUAUUAAAAAAUAUAUACGGUAUAAUUAAAAAUUUUAUUCUAAAAAAUAAUUUCGAUGCAUUGAAAUUUCUUUCUACUAAUUUUAUACACAGUGUUGGAAACUGUUCAUAUUUUAUUAAGACAGCCAAAUCAUGGUUAUUCAUCAACUUAAUAAGCCGGUGUUAUUGUUAAAUAUCGAAUUAAAUUAUGUAAAGCACGUAACAAAUAUUAUUUUUGUUUAAAAUAAUAGUUGUUUACAUUAAUAUUUACAAUUUAGAAUUUAUUUGAAGAAUCUGGCAACAACUUUUGAAUUCAACUGAGUAAUAGAUUUGUAAAAGUUUCGUACAAGAUUGCAUUUGACAAAUAUCAUUUCGUUCCACUUCUUCGAACACGCGUUUCAUUGCCUGUCGAGACACAUUCACAUCUAUUCACAUUUGUUAAUUUGGAGCGUUUCGAACUGUUGAAACGUCGCACGUUUACUAAAAAUACAAGUGAAAAUUUUCAGUAAUUUAACGCAAUAAAACUAUAAUUGCGAACGGUUUUUUAUUUUCAGCUGUGGUUGCUUUUUAUUAUCGUAUGUCCAUCCAGAAUUUAAAUA